CUUCUGGCAUUCCGGCAAAUUCCGGCCUUACUGGCAAAGCUAAAACACACUGCUGAGCUUCCCACACUACUCGAUAUAUCUGGUGUCGACAUCCCUACUCAUGGUUCAGUCUCUUUGGCCGAUGUCCACGAUGCUGAGUUCUCAACAAGCAAUACUAACGCUCGCCGCACAAGGAAGAAGAGUGUCGUCCUUAAUGCGACCACAACCUCUCCCAAUGAACAGUCUAACGACUCCUUCAGCCACCAACUGCAACAACUUACUCAACAACUUCACGCGCUUACGGAGAAGCACAAUAAUCUAGAACAGAUGUCUUCAAAACACAAUCUGCGAAAUUUAUCAUCAAUCCGACUCCGACAAUCCCGGAAGAAGAAGGCAUCCUCAUCUCAACUCCCAACCGGAGCGGUACCCACACACACUUUUCCACCAACACCUCCAGCUAUUCGUCUCAAUCCUUCUCAAUGGACACCCCCGGCUACCACUUCCGCUCCGCCAAUUUCCCCAGAGUACACUUUGCACCGCCCUUCGCCACCGGCUAAAACAAACUUCUCACCGUUAAUCAGCCAAUACGGCGUUGAGCGGCACAACAACCAGGGUGCUGAUGCUAGGGAUUAUGUACAUCCAUCCACCCCAACUGAUGUACACACAUCGUUCCACAAAUCGCCAUCCACGAUCGAGGUAAUUCUACAGCCUAUUCACGCUCUUAGACAAAACCAUGCCAUUAUAACAUGCCACCCGCAGGCCGCAUCCCACAAUGUGGUUAACCAUUGGCUUGCAACGGACCCACCAUCUACUAUUCUUCCAGCCGAGCUUUCCGACAACUACAUUCAAUCUGUUCUAAAAGAAUUAAGUGCUCACGCGGCGCCACCCACCGGGGAAACAGCAUUACACCCAAAAACCGACACCACUACAGCUGCAAAGUCUAGUAAUGGACAGCCACUCGAGGGACCGGAUAAAGAGCAGGUGGACAACAAUGUCGGGGACAUGGCAGUCGUGGACAAGGCAGUCGUGGACAUGACAGCCGUGGAAGGAAACUCAGUAGAAAAUACUACGAUCCUCGGCAGCAACGACGUCGACUGCAGUGUAGUGGACAGCCAAGCACAGUGCGAGGAGCGUGGAACCACAUCAAAGGUACUUUACAGCAAAGUCAUGGACCGCAACAUCGUCGACAAGGGUGUACAGUCGGACCACCAUGGUAACGUCGCCGACCACAUGUUGGUGGACAAGGAUGCAGUCGCCGUCAAAUCGGCCAAGAAGGUUCCCCUACACAGCAUCUCCGCUGACACUUUAAAAGCUAACAAUGACUCUGUAAACAUGAAGACCACUGUCGAGGGCAACUCUCCGAUUCCAGUACUUACGGAACAAACACCAUCACCGCCCAAAACGAAACUGUACUAUCGUCGCAACGCCCGUCGCAUUGUCCUCGAGGAAGAGACACAAGAGCUCAGUAAUGGUUCUCCGCCACCCACAAGACAGUCCCACUUUCCAUCUCAGAUGGAGACCCUCCUAGCCUACGCAAUGCGUAAAAAAACUUCACCCUCCCGCCAGUACGGUUUUCCUAUCAAUACGCUACUUCUUCUCGGCUCCGCUUACACACCCUUCUCCAAUAACAGCACGCACUACACCAAAGAUUGUGGGGCCUUCGACAACAACUUCCUUCUCGAGCUCGCAGCAUCAAAAAGCUGGACAUCUACAAGGCACAUGGAGGUUCUCAUGGCAUGGCUUCGGACCAAACAAACAUCCAUGGAAGAAGAAGAAAUCAUAUCUUUCUGCGACCCCAGUCUCAUCGGUUAUUUUCUCGCCAAGCAACGUAAGUUUUCAGCUGCAAAGGCCCCCAAACGUCUACGAUGGGAUGAGCUUAGGCCCAUCGCAGAGGCCCCUGGCUCGAGAUGGGUGAAGGACAUGCAAACGUUGUACGAGAAGAAAUAUUGGGUGGGUCUGGCUAUUAACAUAAGCAUUGGUAGCAUAGAAAUCCUAGACCCUCUCCCAUCGCUGAAAGACAAACGCAAGAUUGCUACUUGGAUGCGCCCCAUUUGCGAGAUGCUACCAUACGCUGUAAACAGUUUAUGCACACAAGCUUCACAAGGUAUUGGUCUUACCCCCUACGUUUGGCAUGUGGUUCAGGAUAUCUACGUCAACGCACGCACAGGUGACUGUGGUCUAGUGGCCAUAAAAUUCAUGGAGAUGCACGCCGCAGGAGACCCGGAACCACACAUGUUUGGGCUCACUGACGCAAUGGUGGACGACUUCCGCAAGCAAUAUGCAAUGGACCUAUACCGCGACCUUGUAAUCCCACUCUACUUCAAUCCAACCGUUUAA